CUGCACAGCACCUCCAGCCAUCGUCCCCCGAUCGAUGUGGGGCAAGAACAAGGAAACCGCACGCAUUGUGAUCAUCGGAGCCGGGGCCUCGGGCAUUGCGGCUGCCACCCGUUUGCUUGGGCAGGGAUUCAAGAACGUACGGAUACUGGAGGCCGAAGAUCGCAUCGGGGGACGCAUCCACACGAUCCCAUUCGCGGAUAAUGCCAUCGAUCUGGGCGCCCAGUGGUGUCACGGCGAGCAGGGAAACGUGGUAUACGAGCGGGUCAAGGAAUUGGAUCUCCUCGACAGGACAGGCAACCCUACCAUGCACUUUUUUCGCUCAAACAAGGAAACGCUUGGUGAGGAUCAAGCGAAGGCUCUUAAGAACUUCAUGGAUGCCUCGUCUACCCUGACGGACGCUGACUACGAAGGCUCUGUGGGUGAUUACCUGACCCAGAAGUACUGGAAGGAGUUCCCAACCAUGGACCGCGUCGUUGCCAAGGAGAUCCUGGACUGCAUCAAGAAAAUGAUCUGCAGCUCUGACGCCUGCGAUCACCUCUUUGAACUGUCCCCGCAAAACCAUCUGACCUUCGCCGAGAGCGAGGGCGAUCCAAACCUCAACUGGAGGGGCAAGGGCUAUAAGCAGUUCCUCAGAGUCCUGAUGAAUGUUCAGGACGAUGAUCCAGAGGAUCUGGGCGUGCUCAAAGGACACGUUCUGUUCAACAAGCGCAUUGCCGAGAUCAACUGGGAGGGAGCCGACGAGCUGAUGAUCCGCUGCUGGAAUGGGGAGAUUCUCACAGCGGAUCACGUCAUCUGCACCGUCUCCCUGGGAGUACUGAAGGAGCAGCAUAGGCAUCUCUUUGUGCCCAACCUCCCCGCGGCAAAGGUGCGGGCUAUCGACGGCCUCAAGCUGGGAACGGUGGAUAAGUUCUUAUUGGAGUUUUCCGAACAGCCAAUGCCAGAGAGUUUGCUGAGCUUCAACUUCCUCUGGCUGGAGGCCGAUCUUUUGGAGCUGCGUGGCACCGAGAACUUUUGGCUGGAGGGAAUCUGCGGCUUCCAUCGCGUUGGCCAUCAGCCCCGUCUGAUCGAGGGCUGGAUAAUUGGAGCCCAUGCCCGCCACAUGGAGACGCUGACCGAGGAGAAAGUGCUCCUGGGCUUGCUCUGGCUCUUCCGCAAGUUCCUGUCCUUCGAUGUGCCCCAUCCGAAGCGCUUCCUGCGCACUCAGUGGCACUCCCAUCCCAAUUUUCGCGGCAGCUAUAGCUUCCAACCCACGUACGCGGACGAGCUGCGGACGGGUCGCUGGGACCUGGAGUCCCCGCUGGCGGAUGUCUCCGGCCGUCCUCGAUUGCAAUUCGCUGGUGAGGCUUCGAGCAGGACCCACUUCAGCACGGUGCAUGGGGCCGUAGAAACGGGCUGGCGUGAGGCGGAUCGCCUGAAUGAGUUUUAUCAGGUCAGAGCCUGAUCAUAGCCUGAAAUUAUAUGUGUAACCAGAUUGGAACCCCGUUGCAUGCACUGGUUAAUCGAAUAAAACGUCUUACAGGCAAAGAAAUAAACUCCAACCAA